GCAGCGGACGGCAAAGUCCGGGAGGGCUUGGCUGCAGGGGAAUGAAGCCUCCGCCUUCUCGGGUGGAAACCUUUAAAUACGGGCUCGGGCCCGGGACUCGCGGUGAGGCGCUUGGCAGCCUGAGAGGGGUGUGCGCUGAGGGGAGAGCACACGGAGCAGGGCGCGGUUGCUGAAGCUGCGGCUGCGUGGCCCAGAGCGAGGAGCUGUCCGAGCGGUCGGGAUUGGAGCGGUUACCGCUGUCUGUGCCUGGAAGUGGUACAAUCAUGUUUGAAAUUAAGAAGAUCUGCUGCAUCGGUGCAGGCUAUGUUGGAGGACCCACAUGUAGUGUCAUUGCUCAUAUGUGCCCUGAAAUCAGGGUAACGGUUGUUGAUGUCAAUGAAUCAAGAAUCAAUGCAUGGAACUCUCCUACACUUCCUAUUUAUGAGCCAGGACUAAAAGAAGUGGUAGAAUCCUGUCGAGGAAAAAAUCUAUUUUUUUCUACCAAUAUUGAUGAUGCCAUUAAAGAAGCUGAUCUUGUAUUUAUUUCUGUGAACACUCCAACCAAAACCUACGGAAUGGGGAAAGGCCGCGCAGCAGAUCUGAAGUACAUUGAAGCUUGUGCUAGACGCAUUGUGCAAAACUCAUACGGGUACAAAAUUGUGACUGAGAAAAGCACAGUCCCAGUGCGGGCAGCAGAGAGUAUUCGUCGAAUAUUUGAUGCAAACACAAAACCCAACUUGAAUUUACAGGUGCUGUCCAACCCUGAGUUCUUGGCAGAAGGAACGGCCAUCAAGGACCUGAAGAACCCAGACAGAGUACUGAUUGGAGGGGAUGAAACCCCAGAGGGUCAGAGAGCUGUGCAAGCACUGUGUACUGUGUAUGAGCACUGGGUUCCCAGAGAAAAGAUCCUCACCACUAAUACUUGGUCUUCAGAACUUUCCAAACUGGCAGCAAAUGCUUUUCUAGCCCAGAGAAUCAGCAGCAUUAACUCUAUAAGUGCCCUCUGUGAAGCAACAGGAGCUGAUAUAGAAGAGGUGGCAACAGCCAUUGGAAUGGACCAGAGAAUUGGAAAUAAGUUUCUGAAAGCCAGUGUUGGUUUUGGUGGGAGUUGCUUUCAAAAGGAUGUUCUGAAUUUGGUUUAUCUCUGUGAGGCUCUAAAUUUGCCCGAAGUAGCUCGUUAUUGGCAGCAGGUCAUAGACAUGAAUGACUACCAGAGAAGGAGGUUUGCUUCCCGGAUUAUAGACAGUCUGUUUAACACAGUGACUGAUAAGAAGAUAGCUAUUUUGGGGUUUGCAUUCAAAAAAGACACCGGUGAUACGAGAGAGUCGUCUAGUAUAUAUAUUAGCAAAUAUUUGAUGGAUGAAGGCACACACCUCCAUAUAUAUGAUCCAAAAGUACCAAGGGAACAAAUAGUUGUGGAUCUUUCUCAUCCAGGAGUUUCAGAGGAUGACAAAGUGGCCCGGCUCGUGACCAUUUCCAAGGACCCCUAUGAAGCAUGUGAUGGUGCCCAUGCUGUUGUGAUUUGCACUGAAUGGGACAUGUUUAAGGAACUGGACUAUGAACGCAUUCAUAAAAAAAUGCUGAAGCCAGCCUUUAUCUUUGAUGGACGACGUGUCCUGGAUGGGCUCCACAAUGAACUACAAACCAUUGGCUUCCAGAUUGAAACAAUUGGCAAAAAGGUGUCUUCAAAGAGAAUUCCAUAUGCUCCUUCUGGUGAAAUUCCAAAGUUUAGUCUUCAGGAUCUACCCAACAAGAAACCCAGAGUAUAGACAUUGCCAUUUUUAUUUGUAAUUUUUUUGGUACUUCAGGAUAGCAAAUAUCUAUCUGAUAUUAAAUGGUAAAUGACUCAAGUGCUUUUAAGGAAACAAAACUAUUUUUUUAAUAAUCAAAUUUAUACUAGCUGUAUGGGAAUUAGCAUAUCUGGUAAUUAUGAAACUAGAAUAUUUUUUACAUAUUUUUAUAAUAUUGUUACCUCAGUGAUUGGAUGCAUAGCAAAUAAUUGUGUUGGUUUUAAUGGUGUCAAUUUUUGUAAAAUUAAACUUCAAACACUUUUUACUUUAUAAAAUGUCUUUAGACAGCACUUUAACGUCACAUUGUAAUGGGAAUGGCACGCCUCAGUUUUUCUGAUCA